ACCACUAAACUCGCCGCUUCCCCUCCACACGCCUGCGCUUCGCGAAUCCUCCUCUUCCUCCUUCCCCUCGAAGCCCUACGGGCUCGGGGGGCUCGGAUCGGAUCCGCCAUGGAGAUCUCGCUCGAGGCCUCGUGGGUAGGCGUGCAGCGGCACGGGCAGGACCUCGCGGACCGCCUCGCUCAGGGCUUCUCGGGGCUGCUCCUCCACGCGCAGCCGCCGCAGCUGCCCCCGUGGUCGCCGCCGGCGCUGCUGCCGCCCAAGCUCGCCAUCCCCUUCGAGAUCGACCUCCCCGUCGUCCCCUUCGUCGACGGGGUGCGCCGCGGGGGUGUCGACCUCCCCGCCGUGGCCGUCUCGUCGCUCGUCGAGAUCGGCGGCCGGCUCGGGCAGGCGGGGUACGAGCUCGGCGCGGCGGUUCAGCAGCUCGCGCGCCAAGUUCCCGUGCCCUUGCCGUUCCGUGCUUUGGAAAGGGCUACAGAUAUAGGGUCCCUCGAGGUGGCAGCGGCUGCUGCGGCGGCGGCCACUGGAAGUGCCACUGCAGCUAGCGCGAGCGGGGUUGGGGCUGGAGGUGCUGACGGGUUGGAUGAGGAGGAAGACGGAUUCGGAUGCGAAAUUGGGACAUUGGAGAACGUUAAGAAUGCUAAGGGAACUGUAAACAUCUCUGCAGCUUACAACACCAGGCACCGUGACUUUGAGAGUUCAGUAGUUGCACGCGGAGACCUUUGGAGGUUAGAGUCAUCACAUGGCAGUUUAAAUUCUGGAAAUGAUAGUUCACCUCUUUUCCUUAUUCAAGUGGGGCCUUUACUAUUUGUUCGAGACUCUACGCUUCUUUUGCCUGUUCAUCUGUCAAAGCAACACCUUCUUUGGUAUGGUUAUGAUCGCAAGAAUAGAAUGCACUCCUUGUGCCCAGCUAUCUGGUCAAAACAUAGAAAAUGGAUGCUGAUGUCAAUGAUGUGCCUCAACCCUGUAACUUGUUCUUUCAUGGAUGUGCAAUUUCCAAAUGGACAAUUGACAUAUGUUGCUGGUGAGGGAAUAACAGCAAGUGGUUUCUUCCCUUUAUUUGGUGGAUUGCUCCAAGCUCAUGGAAAGUGCCCUGGUGAAACAAAAGUGAGCUUCUCCUUCAAGAGCAAACAAGGAACUAGGUUUACCCCAAUGUUUCAAUGGCCUGACAAUUCCCUUUCAGUUGGAGUUGCACAAGCUGUAGCAUGGAAGAAGUCUGGCCUUAUGGUGAGGCCCAGUAUUCAAGUCAGUGUUUGCCCCACUUUCGGAGGAAGUGAUCCUGGAAUACGUGCCGAGUUUGUCCACUCAUUGAAGGAGGAGCUCAAUGUAAUGUGUGGUUUCUCUUGCUCAAGACAUCCCUCGGCUUUCACAGCCCUUUCUCUUGGACGAUCCAAAUGGAAUGGUCAGGUCGGCAGUUCGGGACUAGUAAUCACGUUGGAAACACCCCUUGACAACAUGGCCAUGCCUUCUUUAUCUGUUCAACUGAAUGGUGGUUUUGAGUUUUGACCUGUGACGUCUCCCCUGUGAGCUCAUACAUCUGUAUAUAUGUGCAUUCGAGAAGACGAUACAACUGUAUAUAUGUAUUUAAAAAAAUUGUAUAUAUUGGACGAUUUUCGUAGCCAUGUAGGUAUCUUCUCAAACUGUAUAUAAUCCUAAAAAGAAAUUGUAAUGUGGGAUUUCAUUUGAUGCCCCAUGUUUUGACCCGCUAUGGAAUAAAUUUGAAAGCUUGCGUCUUGCAUUAACCA